GCUUCCUUAAUGUUGUUGUGACAUUUUAACAUUCCUGUCUAUUAUUUGUUUUUUUUUCUACUUUCUUAGUUUUAUAUACUAAAUUGCUAAUCAGUAUACAUAACUCAUUUUGUUAAUAUCCAUAAAAUUAUGGAUCUUCACUGGUUGAAAUCUUCACCAAGCUUAAACAGAGGUAUUACAGUUAUUAACCAAUUUGAAGAAACAAAAUUUGAGCAAUUCCUCCGCAGAAUCGUAUCAAAACUAAAACUCCAGGAUACUGAAAUAUUUACAGAAGAUGAGAGACAAAAAUUAGAAAAAAUAUUCAAUGUUAGUGAAGAGAAUCUGUUGCUUGCAAUUAAAUCAAUUUUGUAUUUGUAUAAGAGAAUGUUUAAAUUUAUUUUUAUGCCACUAAAUUUGAAGAGCAAUUUGAGUGAUUUUGGAUUGAGUAAUGAAAAAGCAGAAACUAUUGUGAAGAUUUGGUCUACUGAUAUGAGAGCAACCCUGGAUGAUCUGGGUAAAGAAUUAAUUUACAAUAAUGAAGAGACAUUGAACUUCUCAUGGAAACUUAAUGUUGAAAUGAGUUCUGAUUGUUGUAAAAAAAGUAAGACACCAAAAUCUUACAUAUCACUAUCUGGAAUAAAAGCGGAUACUGAAAUUGAAUUGACACAUUCAGAACUUUAUUCAGUGUUCUUACAGCUGGAAUCUAUUCAAAAUGAAUUAGAUAAUUUGGUUUAAAUGAUACAAUUACUGAUGAAACUGCAUUAACAAUGUAUAAGUAUUAAUAAUUAGGUUAAACUAUCUGGUAAUUUCUGAAAUGUAUAUAAUUAACUCAAAUAAUGUAUACAUUUAAAAAUCCAAAUAUACUUCAAAUGUUAAUGUUAAUCCUGUGUUUAGGUUUGCACAAAACAUUGUUUUAAUGACAAAAAUGCAUAGUCUAAGCCAGAGGGGUAUUUGGUAUGUAGUUUAUACUCCUUACAAUCCUGUACCUGUAAUGUGAAUUUAUUUCUAAGAACAGCUAUAGCAAUUUUUCUCUGCAGUCCUAGAAGUAAUCCUCAGGUCAGUUCACCAAUUCCCAUAAAUAAUAAUCCCUAAUUCACCUUACUGUUAGACAGAUUUUGCCACCAUGGUGCAUUCCUGUGACUAAAAUAAAUCAUUGUUGCUACAACCAGCUUACCAGUCACCACUUUUUUAAAAAUGUCUG